UGGUUAACCGUAGGUUAAUGUUAUGUUUCAACGCAAAAGCCACAUAGAGAGAGAAACAAACGAACAACCGCUUUGCUUCUUUGCUCUCUUUCUCUCUCUUUCUAUAUAUGUUUUGCAUCACAUAACCCAUUGAUGACAUAAACCAAUAUCAAAAAAGAAGAAGAAGAAGAAGAGAGGAAAGUAGUAGAAGAAUACAGGGCAGAGCUGCAGCCAACACCACCCAUGGCUGAAUCCGUUUCAGUGGACAUGGAGAUGAUCUUUCUCGGCGGAAAGGAACAUCAUAUUCAAACUGGCUGUGGUUCUGUAUCUGUAAUAGUCUGUGGGGAUCAAGAAAAACCAGCUCUGAUCACUUAUCCAGAUAUAGCGCUAAAUUAUAUGUCAUGUUUCCAAGGAUUAUUUUUCUGUCCAGAGGCAACUUCUUUGCUUCUUCACAACUUCUGCAUCUAUCAUAUCAGUCCUCCUGGGCAUGAGUUGGGAGCUGCUGCAAUUUGUUCUGAUGAUCCAGUCCCUUCUGCUGAAGACUUAGCAGAUCAAAUAAUUGAGGUUCUCAAUUAUUUUCGGCUUGGUGCAGUGAUGUGUAUGGGAGUAUCGUCUGGUGCUUAUAUCCUUUCGCUAUUUGCAACGAAAUAUAGGGAGCGUGUUCUUGGUUUAAUACUUGUAUCUCCCUUAUGCAAAUCUCCUUCUUGGACUGAAUGGUUUUAUAACAAGGUGAUGUCAAAUUUGCUAUACUUCUAUGGUGUGUGUGGCUUGUUGAAAGAGUGUUUGCUCCAGCGGUACUUCAGCAAGGAAGUUCGUGGUAAUGCUGAAUUUCCAGAAUCAGAGAUAGUUCAAGCUUGCAGAAAACUACUAGAUGAGAGAAAGGGCAUCAAUGUCUUUCGGUUUCUUCAGGCUAUCAAUGAGAGACCUGACAUAACGGAAGGAUUGAAGAGAUUAAAAUGUCGUACGCUUAUUUUUGUCGGGGACAGUUCUCCUUUCCAUUCGGAGGCUCUUCAUAUGACUUCAAAACUUGAUAGGAGAUACACUGCAUUGGUUGAAGUUCAGGGUUGCGGAUCAAUGGUUACAGAGGAACAGCCACAUGCAAUGCUGGUCCCUAUGGAGUACUUUUUAAUGGGAUAUGGCUUGUAUAGGCCAUGCCAUUUCAGUGACAGCCCAAGAAGCCCGCUUAGUCCAUCUUGCAUCUCUCCUGAGCUUCUUUCUCCAGAGAGCAUGGGAUUGAAGCUCAAGCCUAUAAAGACACGUGUUUUGCUGUGAGUUUGAUAAAGGGAAGGGCCAUUUACAUAUGUAACUUAAAGCAGCCUUUCGUCUUCUAUGGAUUUUUCUUAGUUUUUUGUUGUAUGAGAGGAGAUGGCGGGUUGUAGAUAGAAUCCGUGGGAAUACAUAAAUAUAGGUAUAUUUGUAUGUGUUCAUUCAUUUGUAGUCAGUCAUAAAGGAAGGAAGGAAAUCACUGAGCUGUAUAUGUACUUUCCAUAUGAACUUCAAGUUUUAUUUAUGGUGACGAGCAAUUAAUAACCCAGAGACUCCCUGAUUUUUUACA